AUGGAGAAUGGAGACGUCAAGAUCGGGAAUAUUGGCGAGAGUAUGAUCCGUGCGUCGAACCCACGAAGGAAGGCCCAGGAUCUGCAGGCACUCUGCGGUAUAACACGAAACCUGCUUCGCCUGGAUAAGGCUGAAGAGACGGGUGGGACUAUACGACUGCUCGCGGGAGACUUUGCUGGUGCUCCAUGCUCAGCGACAAUAGAGGAACUUCUCUAA